CGACUCUCCAUGCUCUUCUCCAAUUUCGUCGGGUUCUCGAUGUCCCUCGCGGUUGUGCCUGAAUAGCUUUAGAUACCUGGUCGUCAUUAGAUUUUCAUGUUGAAUUUACGUAAAAAGUUUGUCAAAUUUUGAGUUUUCUGCUCAACGUUUGCAAGAUUGCGUGAAUGAAGCUUAUAGUUCAUAGGAACAACUUCACAAAAAUCUCUGGCAAUGAGCAACUUCAAUAUCAUGCGGGACAUCGCCAAACGCUGCUUCCUCCAACCGCGCGAUAGAAAAUUAGCGUUAGAUGGCGGUGCUUUACGCGAAUUCCGUUCUUUUACAUAUUUGCGCCAGUGCCCACCAUGUGUUCGAUAUUAUCACGAAAUGAGAAAACGGUCUUCGCCUUCGUUUACUUCAUCGAAUUCUUCUUCGUUUUUUCUGAAGUUUGGGUUUGUGAGUUGGUAUCUGCGGAAGCUCGAAACCCAGCCAAUUAUCACAAAGAGCAUAACAUCAUCACUUAUUUUUAUUGCAGCUGACUUGACUUCGCAGACAAUUACCAUGCCAUCGGAGUCUGCUUCCUAUGACUUGAAAAGGACAUUGAGCAUGGGAACAUAUGCGUUAUUCAUUAUGGGGCCAUCACAACAUAUGUGGUUUAACUUCUUGUCCAAGGUUUUCCCAAAGACAGAUGUGCCAUCAACCUUGAAGAAAAUUUUCAUGGGGCAGGCGGUAUUUGGUCCUAUCAUCAAUACUGUUUUCUUCUCUUAUACCUCUGUUCUGCGAGGUGAAAGUGGUUCUGAAAUCGUUGCUAAGUUGAAGCGUGAUCUGCUUCCCACACUUCUGGGCGGUGCUAUGUUUUGGCCUGUCUGUGAUUUUGUGACAUUCAAAUUCGUUCAAGUUCAGUUACAGCCAUUGAUGAACAGUUCCUGCGCCUAUGUGUGGACUAUUUAUUUGACAUACAUGGCAAACCGAUGAACGGAUGAAGUGCCAGUUUGGUCAGGGCUAGGAUUUUCAUGUUUUCCUUUUUGCAGCAAUUCCUCUCAAUGGUAACAGGUCCAUGUAGUGGUCAAUUAUUGAUUUUGAAAGAUUCAGUUUUGAUGAGAGCACUCAAAUUUUUUUUU